GCUGUGCGUGAGUUUAGAUAAAUGUCACGACAGUCACGUCAUAACAAGGUUACCUAUAAUCUUGCAGUAUUAUUUCUUGGUCGAGUUCUUUGUUCCGUCACACCUGGGUAAAGAAGAAAUGGGGUCCAACGAAGAAUUUCCCGUGUGCGAAGAUACGGUAAUAGUGACUGGUUUUGGGCCUUUUGGAGUUCAUAAAAUUAAUUCUAGCAUGGAAGCUGUCAAAUUGCUACGCGGUUUAGAGGUCGAACGAGAGCUCGGAAUCCAAUUAGUAACUAAAGAAAUUCCAGUUGAAUAUGAUUACGUGAAAAAUGAAAUUCCAAUUUUGUGGCAACUGUAUAAACCAAAGCUUGUUGUUCAUGUCGGAGUCUCUGGUAUGGCCCAAGAACUAACUUUGGAGACUCAAGCCUUCAACAGAGGAUACGGGUCAUUGGACAACACAGGCAACCUCCCUGAAGGUGGUGUGUGUGUUGAAGGAUGCCCGGACUAUCUAGAAUCCUCUAUUGACAUGAGAACAAUUUGCCAAAAUAUGAACAGCUCUACUUGUGGUGUAGUUUCCUGUGUGUCUACUGAUCCAGGCCGUUACCUGUGUGACUACAUAUUUUAUUCAUCCCUCCGUGUUGAUAAAACCAGAACAGCUUUUGUUCAUGUGCCUGUUUUGAACAAACCGUACUCAGCUAUUCAGCUUGCUCAAGGAUUGAAAUUGGUUAUUGCUGAAAUGUUGGAACAAGUCCGCAAAAACGACCAGAAGCAAAAUCCCGCCUAGAUUUCAAAAGUGCUAAUCAUCGUUCAUUAAGAAUGAAUUUUUCCCCUCUCUUAGACCAAAUUAAAGACAGAGUUUACUUAAUUUUUGAAUAAAUGAAAAUCCCUAUAAAUAUUUUUUGGGUUAUCCGGUGUUUAUUAAGUUGAAUACACUUUACGAAGUGUAAAAA